AUGGAAGCUCAAACAGCGAUCAAGUCAAUCAAAGACGGUACUAGUCGUCCUUGCAUGGUGCAUCCUAUUGAGUUGGUCCAAUGGAACAUGGACAAGAAAUAUCUCUUGGAGAUGCACGACACGGGAGUCGAUAUACCCAAGAUGGAAAUUAUUGAGGCGAAACGAUUUGAUUCUGCGUCCGCGUUACACCGACGACUGAUUGAAUUUCAAUCAUCUGGGCCUGUCGUCCUCAAACCAGCAAUUUCUGCAUCCUCUAAUUACACCACACUCACCUCUGACAUUUCAAACCUCUCGAAGGAAGACACCACACACUUGCAGUCAUGCAUUGAUGGUCACCUUGGAAGCUCAAUCAUUUUGCAGGAGUUUGAGCCAUCCAUCUCGCUGGGUGAAUAUUCGUUCAUAUUUGUCGGCGAGAGUCUCUCUCACGUGGUUCUGAAAUCGCCUCGUAGCGGCGAGUUCCGCUGCCAGCAGCAAUUCAGCGGCCAACUGAGUCGCAAAACAAUUGAGGGAGAUUCACAAGACGACCUUGUCUGUCGUCAACUCUAUCUUUGA